AUGGAAAAGGAACAGAGGGUUGAGGCCAACCCCCUCUCACCUCCAGACCUCUGUGGGCUGGCUUGGCCCAGGGACUGUAGCGAGGUUCCAGCUGGCAGCCCCAGUGGUGUGUACAUCAUCCAGCCCGUGGGGCUGCACCCCAUCACGGUGCCCUGCGAGAUGAGCGGGGCGGGCGGGGGCUGGACCGUCCUCCAGAGGAACCGGCACGACACUGACAUCUCCUGGGCCGAGUCCUGGAGCACCUACAAGCACGGCUUUGGCAACGUGCACACCGAGUUCUGGCUGGGCACCGAGUACAUCCACCAGAUCGCCAGGCAGAAGCUCUACCAGGUCAGGUUUGUCAUCUGGGACGCUGCAAACAACAUGAGGUUCGCAGACUACAACCUGUUCAGCCUGGACGACGAGUCCCAGGGCUACCGGCUGCGGCUGGGGGCACACUCGGGGACAGCAGAGGAUGCCAUGGAUUCAGACAACCCCAGGAAAGUGCACAACAACAUGAAGUUCUCCACGAAGGAUCGGGAUCAGGACACCUACAGAGGGAACUGUGCCUCGCGCUCGGGGGGCGGGUGGUGGUACUCGGCGUGUUACUCCGUGCAGCUCAACGUCAGGGGGGCCCUGACGUGGGGCAGCCUGUGCAAGGGGAACUGCAGAGCCUCGGCCAUCCUCAUCAAACCAGCUCCACAUCACUAGAGCUCCUUCCCCCUGCUGUCCACACGUGGCAUAUGGCCAGGCCAGUGCCCCGCUGGGCUCUGUUUGAUGAUGAGGCCUUGGGGGUGAAUAGGCUUGUUCCUCUGUAUCAAGAACUGCUUUGUUUUCCUCCUGUCCUGAAAAGUAGCAAAGCUCCUGGCUCUGUCUCUGGUCAUUCACCUGUGGUAGGUUUGGGAGGGGAAUAUUAUUAGAAUGCAUCUUUAUAAAUGCUGCAGUAUCCAAGCAUGUUCCUUCUGGAGAGAACUCUGUGCUCAGAAACCUAAACCCCUCCUGAUCAGCAUGGUCUUAUGUUCUUUUUGCUUUGUGGGUACAGAUGCUUCCAGCAGAAAAAUAUCCAUCAUCACCAGCUAACCUAACCUAAGCUAUACUGAGCCCAGGGCAUGUCCACAACACAUCCCUGCUGCAGCCUGUGUUCAUCCUGCAGAAUAAAAUCAC